AUGAGUAGGUCUCAGGAUACCGUCAUCGACGAUGACGAGGAGACAUGCCCACUAUGCAUCGAAGAGUUCGACCUGUCCGACAAGAACUUCAGACCUUGUCCAUGUGGCUAUCAGAUCUGCCAGUUCUGCUUCAACAGCCUGAAAACUACCUACGAGAAGAGCACCUGUCCUAAUUGUCGCCGACCUUACGACGAGAAAACGAUCCAGUACAAGAUCCCGACUGCCGAAGAGUUCAAGCUCGACCAGCUGAAUAAGAACAAAAAGCAAGCGGCCGCGAAACGCAAAGAGACGGAGAAGCGGGAGGUUGAGAAUUCGUCACGUCGCAACCUGGCCGGCGUGCGUGUCAAACAGCAGAAUCUCGUCUAUGUUAUCGGCCUGAUUCCCUCGAUCAAGGACGAGCAGGCAUUACUUCAGACUCUCCGCGGCCCAGAAUAUUUCGGUCAAUACGGUGAAAUCGAAAAAAUCGUGGUCAGCAAAGCCAAACCUGGAGCAACAAACCAAGGCAUCGGCGUCUACGUCACCUUUGCUCGCAAGGAGGACGCCGCACUCUGCAUCAAUUCCGUUGACGGCUCUGUCAACAGCGACCGCGUGCUUCGGGCUCAAUUUGGCACCACAAAAUACUGCUCCGCCUAUCUGCGAGGUGAGACCUGCACCAACAGAAACUGCAGCUUCCUUCAUGAAACAGGCGAAGAUGGGCAGCACACCUCCCUGCAGAAUGAGCCUCAUGGUGCGAGAAUUACCAAUCGACCAGCGAUCGCCGCCCCAGCCGCGCAGAUGAAUCCGCCUCCCCGUCCUCUCUCCGCGGUGCAGGGGUCAACGUCUCACUCCAUGGCUCGGCAGGGAAGCACAGAGAAUGAUGUUAGCAGGAAGAACUCACACGAUGGUUCCGCCCUGCCUUCCACGGCAAGCUGGGCAACUGCAACUGCAAGCGCCACCCGAACGAGACGCACCAGUCAUUCAAACAGUGGAGCUACCCCCAGCCCGCAAACAACACAUGCCUCCCUUGCCGCUAAGAAAACCGAGGAACCCAAACUCAGGGAGUCCCCCAUCAACGAGUCAUCUGCGUCGACCGCGCCGGCAAAGAUUGCCCCCAAACAAGAACAGCCCGUGGCGAAACCGAAGCCCAACCUGGUGGAUCCUGCGCAACAAAUCUUCAAUGACACCAAACGAAUCCUAUCAAGGGCUUAUCAGUUCUCCUAUGACGACUCAUGUCUCAGCCCAGAGGCUCGCGCAGCGGUAGACGAUAUGCCUUGUUUCGUCGACCCUUACGGGGGUGCCAAGCGUCGCGCAAUGCGAGAGAAAGAGGAGGCUGAACGAGCCAAACUAGAGACCGAGGCUAGGGCAAAGCUUGAAGCGCAAGCGACCUCGGCCGCCGAAGAGACGCUAGAGGAAGACAACAUCGUGGCCGGCAGCCUCGCCCUAGGUGGCGAACCCGAGGACGAUCAUCCAAGAAGCUCUUCAGCACGUGGCGCCAUUGGGCGGCCAUCACAACCGGUGAAUGAUCAAUUCUCCUCAAUGAACAUACGCAGUUUGACGCCGCAGCAACGACAACAACUGGCUCUUCUCAACGGCAGCAACAUCCAACAAGCACCCGGUCUUGGCCAGCCCAAUACGCAGAAUACUGCUUUCGAGAUGUCAGAUUUCGAAAGACGUGCGCCACAGUUCAGCCAAGCUCAGUACGAACAGAUUAGCAAUCAUCAACGUCAUGGAUCUCGAUACUUCAACAACGACACCAAGACUGGUACCAGCAACCGGUUUCCGGGACAGCAACAAGGCUUUUACUCCAGCGGCGUCCAAGGACCUCCUCCAGGCCUACCGACGGCCGGUACCCCACCAGUCAGCGGCGGCGGGAUGUUCGCGCACGGUCAAAAUUUCACCAAUCCUGGUUUUGGAGCUUCCAAGGACAUCAAUGCUGAAGUCUACUCAAGAAACCGCAGCGGGACGAAUCAAGGUCAUGACAUGGCUAAGCGUGAGUUACUUCUUUCCUUGCAAAAUAACCCCCUGCGUUCGCCCUCAUCGCAAGCCCCUGCCCCUGGAAUUCUCAACCCGCUCUACGCUCAAUACCAGACAUAUCAAGAUCCCGGGCUUGUCAAACAAAGAAAAAAGGGCAAGAAGCACAGACACGCUAACACUUCCUCUUCAGGAGGUGGUGUAGAGCAUCUUGCAGACCCAAGUAUUGCAUCAGCCAGAGUUCACCAGAGCACCACAACAGGGCAGGGGCUUUUUGGGGGUAACCAAGGUGGGUACCAACAAUCAAACCUAUACGGCGGCGGCGGGUACAAUCGCUGGUGA